AUGGCGAGGGGCAUAGCGCGGGCGGUGUCGUUCGGGGGCCGCGCCACCACGGGGUGGUGCUCCUACCGGCGCGUCACCGUGGCCGUCUGCCUCGGCAACCUCGUCGCCGCACUGCUCGUGCUCCGCUCCCUCACCGCCCCCGCUUCCUUCGCACCCACCGUUCCCAACCGAGGGGAAGUGGUGCAGUAUACGGAGGAGCAGAUUAGGAGGGUGGAGGAGUCGAUCCGGAUUCGCCGCGAGUUGGAGCCCGUUGAGCUCGUUCGGGCGGUAAAGAAGCUGCGGAAGAAAUUCGCCCAGGAGUUGAAGCGGCGGGAGGAGCUGCCUCAGGUGCUGAAGCAGAAGGUUUCUUAUGAUAUUGUGCGGCGGCUGCACGACUUGGGAGAUAACAGUAGCCUUGCGCAACAAAGAGAAGUGGUGGAAUCAUGGCGUGUUGAGAAGUUAAAAGACAUCAAAGUUGCAUCCACUCGGAAUCAAUCAAAUUUGGACCUAUCUAGUGAGGAAACCAGAAUGUUAAAACGAGCCCUGGAGUUCAACUGGCAUAUGCUUAUGGAGGAUAUUAGCCUUUGGAUACCAGACGAAGUCACACAUACUGUACAUGAUGAUAAACCUGAAAAUGAACCAGAAGAAGAAGAGAUAGUAGCAGGUCCACCCUUGUCCCCACAAUGUAAUGCUGAGCUACAUACAGAUUAUGAUGGUGCCGCUGUUAGAUGGGGUUUAACACACCACAAAGAAUCUGCUGCUGAUUGUUGUCAAGCUUGUCUUGAUCAAGCUCAGAAUGCCAAGCCAGGGGAAUUGAAGUGCAAUCUAUGGGUUUAUUGCCCAUCGGAAUUUGGAUGCUUCUCACCAGACAAAUAUGAGCAUAAACAUCAGGAGUGCUGGUUGAAACAGGCUGACCACCCCAAACUGAACUUCAAAGACAAGUAUUCGGAGCCUUACAGAGAUGCUCAUCCCACUGCACCUGUUGUGGUGCCGUGGAUGUCUGGUGUCAUCAGUGCAUGA